AUGAGGGCCAUCCUCUUUCUCAUUUGUUUGUGCGGUGAGGCGUUUAGUGCCAUGGAAAUUUUCCUCAUGGCUGAAAGCUACAGGCUGGGAGUCAAGAGAUCUUCGAUCAUUUUACCAUGGGAAAGGACGGCAAUGCAGCCUGUUUUUGGAAAGCGACAGAGGCUGAUACAAGCCCCAAGGUUUGUUCCUUUGCCCAGUGAUUGCGAACCUUUGGCAACCUUUGACGAGAAAGAGGUGGCAGGAAAGGUAUCAUGGUCGAGGGUCGCUUCAGUGAUUCCCUGGCCAGUGACUCAGGAGAGGGCUCUGGCAAGAGCCUUGGAAAACUGGAGGAUCAUCGUGGUCGACAAUUUGGAAGCUUCAAUUUUGGGUCGACAGAUCAGAAGCAUCCUUGAUGGCACUGUGAAUGACAUGACAGUUGAGCAAGUCAUUCGUGACUCCUUUGCUGGAAAAUCGGUUUCAACGCUGCGCUCCAGAUCGUCUUCGAUCAUGGCUUUUGCAAGGCCUUCGUGCGAUAUCUCUGAGAUUGCAACGCACUCACUGAAGUCUACAGUGUUGAGCUGGAUGGCAAAGUGCAGCUGUAGGGAAGACCUUCGACGUUUGGCUGGCUACCACGUGGAUCCAGGGUCAAAGUCAGCGUUGGAGUAUUCUCGCGAUGCUCAAGCUCCGGUUUUGCAUGCAAUCGAAGGGAUCAUGCUCAUCAUCAAGGAGAACAUCUUUGAUCCUGAUGUUUCUAGGGCGCGACGUUGGAAGAUCCCGCAUGUUCGGAGCCUGCAAGAUGCGAUGAUCUAUUUGUCACGGCAGCAACAUGUUCCAGACGGUGCUGUGUCUGAAGGGUAUGAGCCUGAGUCCCCAGUUGAGGACAUGUGGACACUUGUAGGCUCUGAUGGUGAGAUUUCUCUGUCUAGCGUGAGUGAGGGCAGUCAUGAGCUUUUUGAGACCGGAUGUCAGACGUCUGACGAAGAUAGGGAUGCAGAGUUUGCUGCACCAAUCGUCGGGGCCUCAAUGGCGAAUGAACUGCAUUACUCAGUAGGUGCUCCGGCCUUAGACAUGCAGCAGUGUCACAGAAGUCAAGAUCAUUUGAGGUUUGCAUUUGCAGUGGCAACCAACCCGGCAGCUGGAGAUGAUCAAAACUUCAGUGACGGAGUUCUGGUGCCCAUUUUGGGAAAUGAAGGGCAUGUCGAUGCACCCAAGUUGCGACGGCUCUUCUAUGAGAGCCACACCUUGACAUCGGCGGACCUACGCCGUAAAGUGGAAGCCAAUGAACAGGAGGCUCCAAGGAAGCUACCUCCUCCAGAGAUAGCACAACGGCUUGAAGCACUGCAAGCCAGGAUCCGACCAUUGGUCAUACAGAAUGUCUUGGAGCCCUCCCAUCAACUUAUCAAUGCUAUUGUGCAGUGCGUGGAGGACGGAAGGGUUCGAUACAUAGAGUGGGCGAAGUGCGCAUCAAGGUCCCAGGAGGUCAACAACAUCCGUGAGGACUCAGACCUGAAGAUUUGGAAAACGGAUGCCUCUGGAGUGGUCAGGGCAAUUUCCAAGGAGCCCAACCUGCAAGCAACUCUCACUACCGAGCUUGAUGUGCACAAUGCACUUCGCAGACGAGGUGUUGCAUACGAGAUUGCUCAGGCCAUGUCUUUUGAGGUCCAUGAAGCUCUUCUGAAUUUUUACUUCUACGAGCUGAAAAAGGAUCCUUUGGAAGGUUUUUCACAGGUGACUCUGGCUCAAGUGGCUGCGGCAGAUCGUGAGCUACAUGUGCGACUUGCCGAGCUGACAAGAGGUGGUCUUCAUCCAGGCCCUGGCGGCGAACUCCCGUUGAACGACCAUGUCAACGCCUUGAUACAGGGCCCAGAGUUGAAGUGGAUGUUAAUGCCACUCCCAAAGCGCCAGGCCCUGAAGGUUGCGCCUGCCGAUCAUACGGCGUCAGCUGCAGCAGGGGAUACAGAUACAAAAAGGACAAGGAACGACAACAACAAGAAGUCGAAAGCAGAGGCCGCAAGUGGCCCCAAACGACAGGCAGACCCUUUCAGAUUGAAGGACUUGUUGGCUUUUCAUGCAGUCUUGAUGGAUUCAGAGCAGGAUCUCUGGAACAGGCUAAUGGCAGGCAUGAUAUUGCUGGCAGUUUACAGUCGAAGUAGGUGGUCAGACCUCCAGCAGGCUGAGUCGUGUCUUCUUGAUGCUGAUGACUAUGGUGUGCUUUCAUACAUUGAACUACGCAUCUCAGACCAUAAGACCAAGUUUGCUGCGGCUUUCAAAAAUUGUUUUCUGCAUGCAUGUGCCCCGGCAUUGGGAGUCUCAGACGACCCAUGGAUUGAGGAAUGGGUAAGUGUGCGCAAGGCCAUAGGCAUUGACUUCGAGAAAGGUCACCCUACAAUGCCAGCACCACAAGCAGAUGGCAAGCCUGGCACUCGGCCCUUGAGUAGUGAAGAGAUGAAACAUUGGACGCAUCUUUUGCUGAAUGACAUGCAGAUCGAUUUCAGUGACAGAAGAAUCACAUCACAUAGUUGCAAGUGCACGUUGUUGUCCUGGGCAUCCAAACGAGGGUUGCCAUGGGAAGACCGCAUGAUCUUGGGUGGUCACACCAUGGCAUUCAAAUCUGCACUGGUUUACAGCAGAGACAGUCUUGGCAGACCGCUGCGAAUGCUGGAGCGGUUACUUAUGGAGGUGCGAUGCCAUGCAUUUGUUCCUGACGCCAACAGAAGUGGUCGUUUUCCUGGCAGAAGAGUGAGCUUUGAUGAUUUCAGUGGUUUUGAUGAAAUGGAGCGAGGGAUUUUUGAAGAUGCAAUUGACAGCAUUGGCGUCCCUGACAACUCGAGCGUUGAGAAAGGCCUGGGGCCCGGUGCAACUGCUGACAAAGACUCAUGCAAAGUGGAAACAGAUUCCACCUCUUGGGUCGAACUGUCAGACAAUCCUGUGGUGGACUUGGUGUCCAGCUCCGACUCUGACCGCAGCUCGGUGCACACCACCUCUUCGAGCAGCGAUGAGGAGGGCGCGCAACACAGUGGAGCCAGAAGGCCUGUUAGGCCACCAAGUGUGCCCAAGACGCUGAAGUUGGUGCAGCACAGGAAAUGGAAGACCUUGCAUUUGAUGGAGAUGCAGAAUGAGCGCAUACUUUUGUGUGGACGGCUUGCGGAGGAAGAACGUUACACCCGCAUUCAUGAGUCCAGGUUGGCCCGUUUUCCUGUAAACAGCGGGAGCAUAAUUUCAGAUCGCUUCAUCAGUUGCAUUCCUCGGAAAUUCUAUGAGUUUGAUUUGACAGGACGUGCAAGACAUCAAAACUUUUAUUUCAGUUUAUUUCUCAGCCGGUUAGUGCCGAAGUGGCCCGAUUCGUCAGCGAUGUCACUCAUAGAUUCGGAAGCGGCAUUCGAGAAAAGAUGCCACGAGUUGUUGGAUGGCUUGUAUGAUUUGAUGACAAAUUUACAGAUCAAUACUUUCUCUGCCCUGGCCUUCGCAGUGGGUACUCCUCAACAGGAUGUUGCUGACCAGGAGAUGCAGCGCUUCUGUGACAGAGUGGUCAUGGGGCCAGCCUCUCUGGCCGAAGUUUCAGUGAUCAAGCGAUUGCACUUCGAGUCGCAAACAUUGGUCAUGGCAGACGUCAGACGCCAGGCCGUCACUGGAGACACUACUGAGCCAUCGAAGUCACUGCCGUUCAUCGAAAAGCGGAGACGGCUCGAAGCGCAGCAGCUGCGCAUUACAGGAUUGUCCCACAUGCACGAGCAGAAGGCGAGCCACGCCCUCAUUGACUUGUGCUUCCACAUUGUGGAGACGGGAGCAUUGGUAUAUGUGGCUCCAUCAAGGUACACAACACGUGAUGCCGAGAUUCAGAAUGAGGCCAAGAACAAGCAAAAGCAGCUGUUGACGCUGGAACAGGGGUCCAUCAAAACCGUCUCAAGUGAUGGACUCAGCACAGUUGACAUUGGCACUGAAAUGAAAUUGAUGUACGCGCUGCAGCGGCGUGGACUGGCGUUUGAUCUGGUGGGGCUCAUGUCUUGGGACGCCCACAUGGAGUGGGUCAACCGCCUGUUUAGGGCCAUGAUGCAUGAAGCUCCAGCAAACUUCAAUGCAGUCAACUUGCAGCAGCUUGUCAAGGCCGACCAGGAGAUGUUUACGCUGAUAGCAUCAGAGUACGAUGGCCCGCUGAAAGCUCAGGCAAUCAAUGGAGGCCCUCCCUUGGACGCUCAGGUGCGAAUGUACAUGAAUGACCCAAGGAUCACAAUGCACUUGGUGGCAACUCCCAGGGUCGAGAAACGAGCUGCACCACCUAGCAGCCCCGGCGCUCCAAGGCAGCCUCCAACCAAGAGACCAAGACAAGAUGCGAAGCCUACAGCUCAGGUCCCAUCAGAGCUCCAAGGGCUUCACAGCAAGACGGCCGACAACAAGCCGUUGUGUUGGAACUACAAUCUGCCCAAGAACUGUAGCAAUGCCACAAAGAAAGGCAAACCUGUGGACACCAAUGCACCGAAGCGUGCAAGCUUGGAAGAGGGGCCCAGCAGCUUGGCUACAGCAGCUGAUCUCACGAAUGAUGAAGACGUGAGACGCGUCAUUGAGUACAUCGAUGUGGAGGCUGGCAAUCUCCUCCACGCGCAUUUUGCGCCAGCAUGCGGCACAGCAUCUCGGGCGCGUGGGCGCCCAAUACCUGGAGAGGAUCCCUCGAAAGGACCACAACCUUUGAGGUCGGAGGCAUAUCCGAAUGGCCUACCUGAUUUGCCACCCAGUCAACAGGAGCGCGUUGACAAAGCAAACAAAUGCUAUGCAGCCACAGCCAUCCUGGUGCGGCAUCUCAUUGCGUUGGGGGUGUCCGUGAGCAUCGAAAACCCCAAGAACUCUUUCUUCUGGCUUUGCACUCCCAUCAAGGAGCUAUUAGAGGAUUUCCAAUGUUUGCAUUUUUCAUAUUUUGAUCAUUGCAUGCAUGGUGGCAAAAGGGACAAGCGCACAGCCUGGUGGAGCUGGAACCCUCGUCGGCCGUCCGAUGAUUUGUUUUCUUCUUUGCAACUGGAUUGCAACAAGUCGCAUGCUCACGCCCCUUGGAGACCAUACAAGGAUGCAAAGGGGCAAACCAUUUUUCCCACUGCUGAAGAGGCUGCAUAUCCACAGUUGCUUUGCGAUCGAAUUGCAUCCAUUUUGAAAUCGGAAGCGGAAUCUUUUGGAUUUGUUUUCUUUGAUGAUUUGCACGGACAGCUGAAGGAGGUUCAUAAUGCAGCAGCCAGGCAACUGUUCACCACUCAACCUCGUGGACAAAAGUUGCGACCACUUGUUUCAGAAUACGGUUACUAUGUGCCCCUUCUUGCCAAGGUGGAUGACGAAAAUUCUAUUUCGAAAUUUUUGACAGAGCUUCCCAAAGGAGCCAAAGUUUGUCAUCGUAAAGUUUUUCCGGGGGGUGUGCUCAGAGAUGGCAUUUUGAAGAAGCACGCUGACGUGCGUUUUUCAGACAGCUGGUCGGAGCAAGAACCUUGCGAGCUUUUACACUUUGGGGUUCCCAGGGAACCCGCAGAUUUUCUCAAGGAGGCCGUUGAAAAAGGCCACCCCAGGGACAUUAUAGCCCAAGUACCACCCAUGGUCAGGCCUGCACUGGAAAGCCUGAUCAGGGGAAAUUUGGCUGAACGUUUUCAGAAGCGCGCAAAUUUCAUGAAGAGGUGGUUGCGCAGGUCCUUGGAGUUGCAUGAGGAGGAAAAAGCUCUUCAUGAAGGGUUGCCCGACCACCUCAAGAAGAUACUUGGGGGCAAACGACUUCUUCUUUGGAAAGAGAUCCUUUUGGAUCUGGGAUACCCAGAUGCUUCAGUUGUUGAUGACAUGGUUUCUGGUUUUGCGUUGACAGGUUGGGCUCCGACCACUGGAAUUUUUCGGCCAGACGUGCGGAAGCCCUCCUUGAGUGUCCAGCAGCUCGUAAACAUGUCCCCUGGUUUGAACGCUUCAGUUUUGCAAUCCAUUUCGCGAGCAGAGCCUGGCGAACAUGAUCAAUUUGUUUGGGACGAAACCCUGGGUGAAGUCUCUAAAGGAUGGCUUGGCGAAAGUGAUGAGUUUGGCGAAUGUUUUAUCGCCCGGAGAUUUCCUGUCCCCCAGAAAUCAAAGAUACGACUGGUCGACGAUUUUUCAGUCGCCGGGGUGAAUGCAGCAUUUGGCUUGCGUGAAAAACUGAAGGUCCAAGCGGUGGAUGAGUUGUGCGCCUAUUUGGCGUCCAUGCUUGACGACACCUCAAAGGCAGACAUGCCGGGCCUUGUGGGUCGAACAUACGACCUCCGGUCGGCGUACAAACAAUUCGGUACAGAUCCCUGGCAUGCUGAGCGCUUGAGGAUUGCAGUUAAAAAACCAGCUGGCGGCUACGGAGUCUUCAGCGCCCUGGCACUGCCGUUUGAGGCUUCUGGAUCAGUGGUUCAUUUUUUGAGAAUUUCGGCCAGUCUGACUUUCAUCGGCGUCACCGCCCUGUUGCUGGCUUGGACGAGUUUUUUCGACGAUUUCACAUGUAUUUGCUGCUCUGAAGAGGAGAAGAAUGUGUCCUUUUACAUCGAGAGCCUUUUUCGUUUGCUUGGAGUGGAUUUUGCAGACUCGGGCGACAAAGCCGUGCCCUUCACCCAAAGGUUCAAGACACUUGGAGUUCUUUUCGAUGUGUCAAGCUUGCAAGGUGGAAGCUUCACUUUGGAACACACUGAAAGUCGAAGACACGAGCUCGUAGAGACCCUUCAGGAUCUUAUCCAGCGGGGCGGUGCGGCGCCAAAGGAGCUAGAGAGAUUGCAUGGCCGCCUCAUAUGGUUUGGAUCUUUCGUCUACGGACGCUUGCUGAACAGGCUUGUCAAGGAGGUCUCCAACAUGGCUCGAGUUCGUGGCAAGCUGCUCACUUUCAAUGAACGUUUCCUUGACGUCUUGCACCGUUUGAUGGCCGCAGUACAAGACUCGAAACCAGUGGCCAUUGGUCGAUCACUGUGUCAUACAUGGAUUAUCUUCACUGACGGCGCUUACGAGCCAGGUAGCAAUAGGCCUGCUACGUUUGGAGCAGUACUGGUGUCGCCCAGCGGAACACCCGUUGAAAUGUUUGGUGAACAGGCUCCAGCCACUCUCCUAGAUGAAUUUCUCCAAGAAUCUCAACACCCCAUUUACGAAAUGGAGGUCCUGCCCGUCGUCAUGGCCUGCAAGAUCUGGACCAAGUACAUAUCUGGUUCACCUACAGUUUUCUACUUGGAUAACACUGCAGCACGAUCCGCGUGCAUCAAAGGCUCCAUGGAGGAAAGCGGCAGUAAGCGCCGCCGUGCUGAAGUACUCGCAUCUGAGAAAGAGCUCUCAGAGGUGGGUGCAUACUUUGCCGAAGGGCAAACCUUUUCUGGCGUGCAUGCUGAAGAGCAGGCACACUUUGAGAAAGCUCAUCGCGAUGGCGAUCGGGUAACAUCUUCCGGCAGUGCAAAGCAGUGCACAGUCUUUUUGCUUGAUAUUUUUUCUGGAACAGCCGGAGUGGCUGCAUCGUUCAUUCAGCUUGGUGGAGAUGCGUUGGGUAUGGAUCACAUGGUGGACAAAAAACGGAUGAGGGGCCCCAUUGCAAAAACAGAUCUCUGCAAAAAGGAGACACAGGACCAGGUCAUUUCCUGGCUUGAACAAGGAAAGGUUGAUGGGGUCAUGCUUGCACCUCCCUGCGGAACUUCCAGCAGAGCAAGAGAAAUUCCAGUUUUUGAGUCAGGGCGCAAACGUGCAGCGCCACGGCCGCUGCGCAACAAGCGAUGGCCGAACGGCAUUCCUUCGUUGAGGGGCGUGGAUGCUUUGAAGGUAAAACUGGCUAACAAGCUAUACGCUUUUACAAGACGGGUCAUCGACACUUGCAUCAGACUGCACAUCCUUUUCAUUUGUGAAAAUCCCUUGAGGUCUUGGAUGUGGGAAACAACGUUUUUUUCUGACCUGCCAGAUGAGUGUCGAUUUCAGUGCAUCCACAGGUGCAUGUAUGGAGGACAGCGGUUAAAGCAGACCGCACUUUUACUGAACUUCGAAGCCAGCAAUUUGAAGUUGCAAUGCAAUGGCAAACAUCAACAUUUACCAUGGGGCAAAACGCUGUCGCCUCAUACUGGCCAGACAGUUUUUUCAACAAGUACGGAAGCUGAGUACCCAUGGCCUUUAUGCAAACAGCUUGCACUGGCUUUUGCGGAACAAAUGCGCUUGGCGGGCAAGACAGUGGAGCCUGCCUCUAUGUCCAUGGACGUUUGCCAAAGGAUGGGAGCUGGUACCCAACCUCGGGGCAAACUCGGCCCCCUGCUCUUGGCCGAGUUCAAGCACAAAAUCAUGGUGAGAUCAUCUGAUGUCACCGUUCCCAAGACCAUUACAGAUGACAGCGUGGCACCUUUUCAGGGCUUGCCACUUCACUCCAAGCUGAUUUCUUCUCGAACUGAGGUGGUAAAAGGGGAAACUGGCGAUGAAGAAAUACAGGUGUCUGAAUUUGGAGUGUAUUACACGCCUGAUGAGUUUUUGCAGAUGGCUUCAGGUUUACAACACCCUUUGGACUCGCCGCAGUUGGUUGACGAGGUGAACUUGAGGUCCAUGUUGGCCAUCCGUGAUUGGUCUGAAGCCGACAUUUUGGCGUUCAGAGCAAAGAGCUUGAAACACUACACCAAGCUUGCUGUGAGCCUCAUGGAAGAUGAAAAGAAUUUGCGGAACAGCAUGGAUCCUCAAGUCAACGCAGUGUUGAGUGGAAAGAGGUUGAAGCUUUUUGAGCAGAUGUGUCUAGAUGCUGGCGUCUCUGACGAGAGGAUCAAGCCUGCCUCCAUCACAGUACAGCAGCUGAGGGAUUCUUCUGUUUGGUCAAAGCGCAUGAUUUACUCCUCUUGCAAAAGGGUGGCAUCGGACCCUGAGAUCGCUGCAGCAGUUUUUCAGGAGACGCAGCAACAGUUGAGCGAUGGCUGGGUUAAGGGGCCUUUUACAAUGCAGCAGCUGGAUGAGCGUUUUUCUGGAUGCUGGAUCCCGUCAAAGCGUUUUGGGGUUAGACAGGGCGGAAAGGUGCGGGCAGUCGACGACUUUUCUGAAUUCCUGAUCAACUGCUCCGUGACCUCUACUGAAAAACUGGCCCUCUACGGAAUCGAUGAAGUUGUCAACUCUGCGCGCUUCUUUAUGGGAAUUGGCUCCAUCACUUUUGACCAGAGCGGUCUGCCGGUGCUGAAACAGCCGGCUGCAGAGAAGCAGGGCCCUUGGUUACAACUCCAAGGACGGGCUCUAGAUCUCAAAGCUGCCUACAAGCAGCUUGCCAGGCAUCCAGAGGAUGCCUGGGCCUCAGUGCUGGCAGUUUGGAACCCGGAGAUCAACGAUGUCCAGUUCUACGAAUCUGUGGCUCUCCCAUUUGGAUCUGUUUCAGCUGUAAUGUCGUUCAAUCGAAUGGCACGAGCGCUUCGCAUCAUCAUGUCCAAGCUGUUCUUACUGGUGAACACAAAUUUCUUUGACGAUUUUUGUCAACUGGAGAUCCCAGCUUUGUGCGGAUCGGCAUGGGAAACUGCUGAGUUGGUUAUGCGUUUACUUGGAUGGAGGAUAUCCACCUCCGAAGACAAGCGGUUGCCUUUUUCGACAAAGUUUGUUAUGCUGGGGGCAGUGAUUGAUCUGUCAUCAAUGGCAGAAGGGAAGGUCUUGGUCAUGAACAAGCCUUCCAGGUUGGAGGACAUAGCAAGCCUGGUACACAGCAUCACUUCCAAGAGGAAGGUACCCUUGUCUUUGGUCGAGACGCUGCGUGGCCGUCUCCUCUAUGCUGCAGGUCACACAUUUGGACGUUCCACCCAACUGGCAAUACAGUUGAUUUCCAAGGCAGUGCGUGAGGGUCCAUUGGUUGUGAUUGAUGAGAACACUAAGAAGGUGAUUCUCUCUGCGCUUGAGCUCUUACAGCAGGCCGGUCCCAGAGUUGUGAAUGCAUGGACCGGUACUAGACCCAUACUGGUUUUCACCGAUGGAGCUUGUGAGCAAGAUGGUGCUCAGGUUACUUUUGGUGCGGUGCUUGUUGACUUCCAUAGCAACACCUUCUCCUAUUUUGGUGACAAUGUACCUGAGUUCUGGGUGUCGGAAUGGAAGGCCUCUGGCCGCGUUCAGCUUAUCUGCCAGGCUGAGAUUUUCCCAGUCGUGGUGGCCAAACUGACCUGGAGCGAAAUUCUGUCGCACAGAGCUGUCCUUUGGUUUAUUGAUAACAACUCAGCGCAAGCGGCCUUGGUUCGGUCAUUUUCACCGGUGACUGACAACUACGAGCUGCUUGUAAGAAACGCUGAGUUGGAUGUCUGGAUGCAGACUAUGAACUGGUACUCAAGAGUGCCAUCAAAAUCCAACGUGAGUGACGACCCAUCGAGGCUUUGCUUCACUGAGCUUGACAGGAAAGGAUACACACGAUGCGAGCCGUGUUGUGACUUCACGAAGGUGCAGUUGCAGAAAGGGGUGGCAGGCGUGAAGGAAGGAAAAACUCCUUUGACGCGAAACGGUCAACGGAUCGCUGGUGCCAUGGAUGGAAUGCUGUUGGCAGAGUCAUACAGGCUUGGCGUCAAGAAGUCGAGCAUCAAGUUGCCCUGGGAACAUGGCUCGAUGUCUGCCAUUUUUGGAAAGAGACCAAGAUUGAUUCCACCUCCUGUUUUUGCUCCGUUACCCAGCUUGCAGAAGUCAGAAGAGACCCUGGCUCAAUCCGAGAUGUCUGGCAAGGUGACUUGGUCAAAGGUGACGUCAGUCAUCCCUUGGCCUGUGGCGCAAGAACGGGCUUUUGGGAGGGCAUUGGAGAACUGGAGGAUCAUAGUGAUGGACAACUUAGAUGCUUCUGUUUUAGGACGUCAGAUUAGCAGCAUUCUUGAUGGCCGUGUUCAAGAUUUUUCAGUAGAGCAAGUUGUACGUGAUUCUCUGUCAAGAAAGUCAGUUUCAACUUUGCGGUCAAGGGCCUCAUCGCUGAUGGCUUUUGCACGGUGGAAGAAAGCCUUAGAUGACGAGGCAAGUAUUUUUCCUGUGCAGGAAGAAGAGGCUUACAGGUACGUUGUGGAGCUGAGACAGCUGAAUGCACCUCGGACGAAACCUGCUCGUUUUCUGGAAAGUCUGUCUUUUGCAUUUCACAUGUUGGGCACUGACGUGGGUACAUGCCUUCAGUCCCCACGUUUGAAGGGCGCAGUGAUCACCCCAGUGGUUUUGCCCAAGAAGAAAACUCCGCUGCAGCUUUGGCAAGUCUCUGCAAUGGAGAACAUCGCCAUCAAUGGGGUUGGCCAAGAGGCUAUAUUUGCAGGUUAUGUGUGCUUGGUCAUGCAUGCUCGUCUUCGUUGGAGUGAUGCCCAACACUGCCAGUAUGAACCAUACCUUGACCUGAACCAAGGCUCAGGCUAUUUGGAAUGUGAGCUUUACCACCACAAGAACGCUGGCCGCCAGAAGCAGGCUAAGCGUCUGCUGCCUGCAGCAUGUUGUAUUCCUGGACUAUUUGGGGACUGGGCCACACCAUGGUUGAAGAACAGGGUCAGUGCGGGACUUCAAGCAAAGCCUGGUAUGCCUACUAUGCCGGCACCCUUGGCUGGCGGAAACUGGUCGUUGCUGCCAUUGGAGUCAUCACAAGCGACGGUUUGGCUGAGAGAGAUUUUUUCAAAGAUCAGACCGGGGUCCCCGGUGUCAGACAUCGGGACGCGCUCACUGAAAGCGACGGUACUCAGCUGGAUGUCGAAGUGUUGUUGCUCAGAGUCGCUGAGGAGGCUUGCGGGAUACCAUGUGGACCCAAAUAGCAAAUCUGCACUGGAGUACUCGAGGGACGGCCAAGCCCCGGUGCUACACGCGAUUGAAGGGAUCUACAUGAUCAUCAGCCAAGGCCUUUUCAGGCCAGAUGACUCGAGGGCCAGGCGAUGGAGCAAUCCUGCAUGCAAGUCGCUGCAGGAGGCAAUGAACUUCCUGGCACGUCCAACUGCAGGUCCACCACAGGACCCCUUGGAUGAAUAUGAGGCUGAAUCUCCUAUAUCAGAAGGAUGGCAUCUUUUUGGAUCUGACGGUGCAGUGUCGAUUUCAAGCAACAGCGAUGGAGAGUCUGAGAUUUUUGAGAAGGAGUGCAACACCUCAGAAGAGGACCGAGAGGCAGAAGUGUCUGCCCCUAUAGUCGGAGCCUCACUCGCGCAAGGGUUGCACUAUUCACUUCAAGAUGUUGAUGUAUUCAGACAUGUCAAGAGUGGUUCUUGUCACAUUGCCAAAGACUCAGCAGUCAUCGAAGAGGACGGUGAGGCAGUAGUGCUCAGGGCGUUGGCCAUAGGCAUUAGCCAAGACACAGUGGAUGCACUGGGUUUACGUGGCUGGGUGACGCAUGCCACCUUCGCCUUCUCAGUGGCCACCAAUCCAGGGACUGGUGAUGACCAGCCUUUCAUAGACGGUGUACUUGUCCCAAUCCUUGGACGAGAGGACCACGUGGAUGCACCAAAGUUGAGACGGCUGUUCUAUGAGAGCCACACCCUUACUGCUGCAGAUCUUCGAAGGAAGGUCGAUGCCAAUGAACAGGAGGCACCUCGAAAGCUACCACCUCCCGAGAUAGCUCAGAGGAUCGAGGCCUUGCAGACGAGGGUGUCCCCACUGGUCAUCCAGAAUGUCCUGGAGCCUUCACACCAACUGAUCAAUGCGGUGGUUCAGACGGUCGAAGAUGGCCGGGUCCGUUACAUUGAGUGGACGAAAUGUACGUCCAGGGCACAAGAGGUCAAUAACGUCCGUGAGGACGCUGAGCUACGAGUUUGGAAAACCGAUGCAAGCGGAACCAUAAAGGCUGUCAACAAGGACCCCGAGAUGCAGGCAAGCUUGGCUACAGAAUUAGAUGUCCACAAUGCCCUCCGCAGAAGGGGGGUGGCAUAUGAGGUGGCCCAGGCGAUGUCGUUUGAGGUGCAUGAGCUCAUCAUAAACUUCUUCUUUGAACUCAAGAAGGACCCAUUGGAGGGCUUUUCUCCGGUCACUCUUGGCCAGCUGGCUUCUGCAGACAGGGAGCUCCAUGUGAGAUUGGCUGAGAUGACCCGUGCAGGGUUGCGCCCAGGCCCUAACGGGCAACUUCCGUUGGACGAGCAUGUCAAGACCUUGCUGAAUGGGCCGGAGCUGAGGUGGAUGCUGAUGCCCAUGCCAAAGAGACAGCAGACAAGGCCUGAAACACAGGCGCCACACAAAAAGGAGGCAGAGCCAAAGAGGACGAGGGAUGAUCCAACGUCCAACAAAAAGAAUGCAGCAGAAGCGGCAAAGCUCAAGCGAUUGCGUCGCACUCCCAUGCCCAAACAGCUCAGGGGCGGCACACCAUGCGAUGAAACUGGAAAGCCGUACUGUUUUGCUUUCAAUUUGGGUUCCUGCCAGAAUGGAGAUGAUUGCAAGAAGGGAAUGCACCUUUGUUGCAAGAAGGGGUCGCCGGUGAGAGAAAGCAUUCACCUGCGGCCAAAAUCCAUGACGAAGGUCAUGGCCUACAACCCAGUGGUGCUAAAGAGCACAGUGAUUGCCAUCACGAAGGUUGACCUGUGCAAAAAGGAGAAUCAGGCGGAAUACCCAUGGCAGUUGUGCAAGCAGUUGGCAUUUGCAUUUUUUCAGCAAAUGCGUCGUCAGGGCAAAGUUUUUGAGCAGAACAGCCCUUCCAUGGAUGUCAACCAGCGGAUGGGAGCAGGUACACAACCUCGUGGCAAGCUGGCACCGCUCCUUCUGUCCGAAUUUAAGUUCAAGGUUCUGUUGAAAUCUACUGCAGUGGAAGUUCCGAAGGUCAUCACUGACUCAGCGCCUCCCCCUUUUCAAGGGGUCCCUGUGCACUCUAAAUGCAUUUCCACUCGAACUGAAGUGAUCGAAGAGGGGUGCAAAGGCGAGGAGGAAAUUCAAAUUUCAGAGUUUGGAGUUUACAGGUCACCAGAGGAGUUUUUGCGGCUUGCAGCAACUCUCCAACACCCAUUGGACUCACCCCAACUGGUCGAGUCCUCCAACUUGCGUGCCAUUUUGGCGAUCAGAGAUUGGCCAGCAGCUGAUGUGGCGGCUUUUCGCGCAAAGGCCUUGAAACACUAUAUGCAAGUCGCAGUUGACCUGAUGGUGGAGGAGAAGAACCUGAGACAAUCUAUGGACCCACAAGUUAGUGAGGUACUGGCAGGCAAACGCCUGUGUUUGUUCAAGCAGAUGUGCAACGAUGCUGGAGUGGGAGAUCAGACUUUAUUCAGUGAGCUGACUGAGGGCUUCAGGUUAACUGGAAGGAUGUGUGAGUCUGGUCAGUUCCCAAGAAAGUUGCGCCCGGCAGCCAUCACCGUUAAGCCACUCAGGGAGUCUGCAGUCUGGGCCAAGCGUAUGAUAUACGCAUCCUGCAAACGGGUGGCGUCUGACCCUGAAAUUGCGGAAGCCGUGUACCAGGAAACAAUGCAACAACUUCAUGAUGGUUGGGUACAAGGUCCUUUCUCUAUGCAACAGAUGGACGAACGUCAUAAUGGUUGCUGGAUCCCCUCGAAGAGGUUUGGGGUUAGACAAGGCGGCAAGGUGAGAGCCGUAGAUGAUUUUUCUGAAUUUUUGAUCAACUCCUCGGUCACCACCACAGAGAAGCUUGCACUUUAUGGCAUUGACGAGGUGGUCAACACCGCUAGAGUGUUUAUGGGGGCGGAUCUCAUCGAAUUUGAUGGUGGAGGCUUCCCAAAGGUUGCAUUUGGUGCAACCCCAACUGUCGGCUCUUGGCGGCCGCUUCAUGGACGGGCGCUGGACUUGAAAGCAGCCUAUAAGCAGCUGGCUCGACACCCGGAAGAUUCAUGGGCAUCGGUGUUGGCAGUCUGGUGCCCUAAAAAGGGCGAUGUCGAAUUUUUCGAUUCAGUGGCACUCCCAUUUGGGUCGGUGUCGGCAGUGAUGUCUUUUGAUAGGAUGGCCCGUGCUUUGAGGAUCAUCAUGGCUCAGUUGUUCCUGCUGGUCAAUACAAAUUUUUUCGACGAUUUCUGCCAGUUGGAAACUCUCCCACUAUGUCAGAAUGCUUGGGAGACCGCGGAGAUGGUUAUGAAACUACUUGGAUGGAAGAUAUCUACCUCUGAGGAGAAGAGACUUCCGUUUGCAGCAUGUUUUCAGAUGCUUGGUGCGGUUGUGGACCUUUCAGAAAUGUCCCAUGGAAGAAUCAUGGUACGGAAUAAGCCUGCCAGGUUGGACGACAUUGCACAGCUGGUGAAUGCUAUCCUCAGCAAGCCGAAGGUGCCGCAGUCAUUAAUAGAGACUCUACGUGGAAGGCUGCUCUAUGCAGCCGGUCAUACGUUUGGGAAAUGCACCCAAUUGGCUGUGCAGCUGAUAGCCAAAGCCACGCGAUCUGGCCCUCUGGUACUUUUGGAUGAACGAACGAAACAAGUCAUCAGAUCUGCGUUGGAGAUGCUGCAGACAUCAGGGCCUCGUGUUGUUGCUGGCUGGUCAGGGACAAAGCCCAUCCUGAUCUUUACUGACGGCGCUUGCGAACAAGAGGGCAUAAAGGUGACCCACGGCGCAGUCUUUGCUGACUUCUUUGAAGACCGUUUUCUGUACUUUGGGGAUGACAUACCCCAGUGUUGGACCUCGAAAUGGAGAGCAUCAGGCAAGACACAGUUGAUUUGCCAAGCUGAAAUUUUUCCAGUGCUGGUCUCAAAGUUGACCUGGAUCAAAGAGAUCUCAGGAAGAGCAGUGCUUUGGUUUGUCGACAACAGUUCAGCUCAGUCGGCACUCAUUCGGUCUUUUUCUCCUGUGUUUGACAACUACGAGCUCCUGGUCAUAAAUGCCGAGUUAGACGUCCUCACUCAGUCCAUGAAUUGGUAUGCCAGAGUACCAUCCCCUUCGAACCCUGGAGACGCUCCGUCUCGUCUUGAGUUUCAAGCUUUGGACACGGCGGGUUACACGAGAUGUAAGCCGUGUUACUCCCUUCACGAAAUUGACAAGAUGGGGGUGGAAAGGAGAACCUGUUUUUGGAAUCCAGUCAAGUGCGACCUGAUGUUGAACUUGACGGACUUUGCAGAGUUCUUGCCUGGGCAGAGUGCUGAUGCAGAUUUGGAAUUUUCUAGGAACUAUGACACUGCUGCAGUUGUUAGUUCAGCAUGGACAAGUUUGCAGUCGGAGAUUCCAAAGUUGCCAUGGGAGCAAGAUUUUUGGAGUGGUUUUUUGGACCCUGCCAAACCUGUGCUGGAACAAUUUCACAAAGGCUUCAAGAGACCAUUACCUUUUCACUAUGAGGGAACCUCAACUUCUGCGUCAAAGUCUGAAGUAGAUCGUAGAGUGGUCUCUAAGGCUUACCCUGGCCUGCAGAGCUUCAUCAAGCACAUCAAGGACGUGCCCGAGAAAAGUUGGCAGGAAGAGAGAGACGCUUUGUGGGAAAUUGCAAUUCGCAGAUGGGUUGCUGUCUUGGAUACAUGUGAGGCAGGUGACAACUUAUUGAUCCUUUCUUUACAGUGUAAAACCAGCUUCACAGAGAAAGCGCAGAUCCUGGUGGAUGUUUUCUACAACAAGGCUCCUCAAACCUUGAUGAAACGUGUGAACAGCUUGUCAAAGUUGUGCAACAGCUUGGCAGUUAAGGGUUUGAGUUUUCCAUGCAAAGAAGAUGAAUUUUACCAGUUCUUGAAGUCGGAAUCUGAGAGCGGAGCUCCAUCGUCGUGGUCGGAUGCCCAGCAUGCUGAGGAAUUGUUGCCUGACUUUGAUGGGCAAGGUCAAAUAGUGCAUUUGGAAGUUAGGUUGAAUGCAGGUGCGAUGUCGCUGGAUAAGACUGUGUUUUUUGCAACUGCACCUGAUGAAAGGGUUGAACAUGCAGAUGCCUUGCAAUCCACGGAAGGGGAUGCUGAGGGCUCAGAACUGGAGUCGUGGAAUUUGAUCCAAUCAGCUGAAACAGUUCCAGUGGAAGAGCCAGUGCUGAAUGGGCACAUCACAACAGACUCAAGCGACUCCUCGGAUGAAGAAGUCAGGGUCACGCCAGUGGUAGGAAUCCGAAACCUCAGUGCUUUAGCGUUUUCAAUUGGCACACCACAAGUGCCACCUUCAGACGAGCAGUUCAAGGACUUUACAACGAGACUUAAUGAUGGGGUGGACCUGGACUUUGGUACACAGGCCGCACUCAGACGGCUUCACUUUGAGGCUGCAGCAGUGGUCAUGGCGGAACUCAAGACCAAAGCAACGGAUUCAUCUGGUGACGCAGUCAGAAAACUGCCCAUUGCUGAGAAAGCAGCAAGACUGAGGGACCAAGAAACAAGGUUGCAAGGUGUGCGUAUACGGGGCGAACUUCAGCCUUCCUAUGCGCUGAUCGACAUGGUUGCACAGAUGAAAGAGUCAGACUCGGUCACAUGGAUAGCACCUAGCAAAUGCAGCAAGAGAGACUCUGAGAUCCAAGGGAACAUGAAAGACAAGCCGGUCACCUUGUCGCUGGAACAACAAAUGGUGAAGUUGGCUUCAGCUGAGGAGCCACCAGCUGUGGACACUUCCACAGAUUUGCAACUACAAUGGGCUUUGCAAAGACGGGGAUUGGCAUUCGAUCAAUGUGCCCUUAUUAGCAAUUCAGAACAUGAGAUUUGGGUGCAGCAACUGUUGUCGCAGCUGACAAAGGAUCCCCCUACAGGGUAUGCAAGGGUAUCAGCGGGCCAGGUGAUCAGAGCAGACAGAGAGAUGUUCACGUUGAUGGCACAGGAGAUCGAAGGCUCUCUUCAACCAGAUGCAGCUGGCAGAUUUCCUAUGGAGAAGAAAAUGAAAGAGCUGCGCACAGACCCAAGGGUCACUAUGUACAUGUUGCCUCUGCCAAAGGGGGCGCCGAAAGAGAGCGAAAAGAACGCCACGGGUUCUUCGUCGACAGCAGGUGGUAACCCUCGGCCAGCGGGGGCAGGCAAUCCCAGGCCAAACAAGCGGCCAAAAGCUUCGGCAAAGGCCAAAUCACUUUGCCCCCAGGAGCUCACAGGGUUCGCACAGAAAGACGAAUCAGGCAACGCUAUUUGCUGGGCGUUCAACUUGAAAAGUGGCUGUAAGAAUGAGGACUCACAGCAGGAUCUUUUUGGUUUGCAGCGUGAUGAAUUCUCGGAUGUGGCUGAUGACUCUUUUCUUCAUGUGCAUGGUUUCGCAGGUUCUGAUGCUGAGGGCAGUCUUGUUUUGCCGCUUGACCCUGAACAGAACCUGGAACAGGGCUCAACUUUGUCGGAGGGCUCCCAGAAACGUUUCCUGGAGCCCAGACCGAAGUCCAGACCUCAGAGCCUUGUGAGUGGAGUCACACGCAGCCUUGGAGUGAAGCGCACGGCAGAUGAGUUCGCAUCCAUGAAGGGCAUUGUGUACACCUACAUUUGCCACCUUCGCACUUCAGAGGCUGGGGCAACAACGCCAGCACAAUUUGUUGAGGCAUUGCGCUUCUCAAAUGCCCUGCUUGGUUUUUGCAAGACCAGCCUUGAUGACAUGCUCAGUGCACGUGUUGUGGGGGCCUCACAUGCCAUAUAUCUUACAAAGAGGGUGCGCCGGCCAGCAGAGGUGCUCACUGUCUCCGAAGUUCAACAGCUGGAAUCCAUUUGUUUGCAAGAUGAGUUACUGCAUCACCGUGUCAUUGCUGGUCAUUUUCUCUUUUGCAUGAUGGCUGCUGCAAGGUGGCAUGACUCAAUGCAUGUUGUUUCCAUGGAACUGUCGAAGGCAGACCACCUUUGCUUGUUGGAGGCGGCAACGUCGAAGCACAAGUCGUCCCGCACCAAGGAACAACAAAGGGAGCUGCUGCCUUUCACGGCACUGGGACAGACCCUGGCUGUUGAAAACUGGGCAGAUUCAUGGUUGAGUGCAAGAGAGGAUUCAGGCAGCUUUGCAUGGUGCCACUUUUUGUGUUCCUGGUCCGAACAUCAAGGCGAUUGGGCAGACACAAAGAUGUCAACUGCUGAGGCCACAUUCUGGCUGAGGGAAUUGCUGGAGCCCGUGGUUGGGCCUGACCGGUCAGCGGUGCUGACUGUGCACGGCUUGAAGGCCACGAUGUUGAGCUGGGCAGCUAAGAGCAUGUUGUUCACCCCGGAGGAGCAAUUGGCGCUUGGACACCAUGUGAGCUCUCACUACAAGUCUGCGCUGAUCUACUCCCGUGACAAUCAGAUCGGCCUCUGCAAAAAGAUUCAUGACAUGAUGGACAAGAUCAAGGCAGGUACUUUCAACCCUGAUGGCAGUCGUGUUCAAAGGUUGCUGCAGCUUACGAUGGCCAGGGCUCAAGAAUUGCAGUCAGAUGAUGAUAGUGACUCCUCAUCCAUCUCUACUGAUGCUUCAAGUGUGGCCUCGUCAGAGGGCGAGCACCGCGAGCAGGAACCGUCCUCUUUUAGACGGCUGGAUGCAGCAGACAUUGACCGAGAUCACUGCUUCAUCAACACACGAUCCAGGGUCGUUCACUUGCAGCUUCUGGGACAACAGAAAUUUUGGUGUGGAAGAUGUGCCUCCUCAUCAUUCAGGAAGGCAUCCAGGGAUGAUUUGGCCAAUGCGGAGACCGUGAUCUGUGCCAGACCACUCAACAAGAACCCAAUGCCUAACAUGUUUUAUUUGCAUGUGGCAGAGAUAGCCCUCAUUGGGCACCUGCCCGCGAGCUCAAUGGCAAUUGAUUCCAAAGUUGCUUUCACAAAUCGCGCACUGGAACUGGGGAUUACAGAAGCUGAGAUUGAUGCGCUGAAGGGAGUCAACAUAACCAGUUAUGCUUCCUAUGCUUAUUGUUGCAAUUUUCAGCCUGGUCAAGCUGAUGAUGCACCUCUGACAGCCUUUUUGACCGCAACGCUGGGAGCCGAGCCUUCAGCUUCAGUUGCAUCGAAGUUUCGUAGGCUGUUUUUCGAGGCGCAUGCACUAUCACUCGAAGACUUGAAAUCAAGAGCAGAACGGUCUGAGUCAAGUGAAGCUCGGGUCAUCCCUUUGGCAGAAAAGAUGGACAGGAUUAGGCUCCAAAAGGAGCGACUUGCUGGCAUAAGUUUUACUCCACAAUCAGAGCCGUCGCAUAGCCUUAUUGACAAGGUUUGCCAGCAACUUGACGACAAUGUGGUCUCAUACAUUGAACUUCAGAAAUGUACGUCAAGACAAGAUGAAACCUUGCAUGCAAAGACAGAUACUGCCUUGUCUUUGGACCUGUCAGGUGGCCUGAAACUCAGUAAAAGGCAGAAGUUGGAAGAUACAAACGUGACAGGAGAACAUCGCCUCAGACAGGCAUUCUUACGUAGGAACCUUGCCUACGACCUGGCUGGCAUUGGAACCUUUUCAGUGAUGGAUUUGUGGACGCAGAAGCUAUUUGAAAAGAUGAAUGAGGCCCCUUUGGCAAAUUACCGCAGUAUUUCAGCUGAGCAGAUUCUCAGCGCCGACAAGGCUCUUUGGGUAAAGCUGUCGAACGAAACCAGGGGACAGCUUCAGCCCAAAACGGGAGAUCCAAAGGCAUUUGACACAGCCUUUCAGAAGUUUUCUGAACACCCUGAAGUACUGCAGCACAUGUCUCCGUUGCAAAGCAGCACAUCAUCCAGACCUGAGCAAGGCCCUCAACCUUUGAGGGAUGCCGACGACUUGUUGGGCCUGCCUCACCUUUGUGGGGCUGACCUGACCAAGGCAACCUUGGCGAACCAGCUCUACCGUGCAGCAAUUGUCAUUUUACAACUGUGUUUUGCUUUGGGUUGCCUGGUGUCCAUACAGAACCCCGGCCGCUCCUGGUUGUGGCCACUGCUGGCGCUCCUGGUUCAUGAGACUCAAGAUCAACCUUUUAUGCUGUGGUAUUCGAAAUUGGAGACAGUUUAUUUUGAUGCAUGUGCGCAUGGCAGCUCAAGAGACAAGCGCACGGAACUGCUUGCCAUGAGUGACCUAUUUUCCACCCUGGCAAUUGACUGUUCAAAGGACCAUCAGCAUGCCUCCUGGCAGCCUUUUCGUAGCGAGCAUGGCGUUGUUUUUCCGACAGCUAUGGAGGCUGAAUACCCUCCACUGCUAUGCAACCGCAUGGCUGAAUGUGUGCGAAAGUCGGCAGAACAAAUGGGGGUCAUCCCAAGCCUUCAACCACGCCUGAAGGAGCUGCUCAACCUCAGCUUGGGGCAUCAGACCUUGCGGCACGAGCCGUUGAUUCCAGAGUAUGCAAUGGUUUUUCACACAGACGCCCCCAUUCAGCAUGAAUCACAUAAGCUCCUGUCAGCUCCUUUUUCACAGGGGCACCAUAGCACUGAGCAGCCAGAAGAGACACAGGUACCACAGGAACACGAGCUGAUACUUGCAAAAGAGCGCUUGGCCACUGUUUUCAACCUGCGCAAAUUGACAAACGAGCUGAAGUGCCAAGAGUUGGCCCUCAAGGACACAAUGCACCCAGAUGUCAAGCGAUGCACAGUGACCAAGAACAUCCUCCUUUUUGAACACGCCCUCAAGCAGCUUGAUUUUUGGGAUAUGGAAGUUGUUUCCCUGUUGAAGCAGGGAAUUCCUUUAGUUGGGUUGCAAGCUGCGCCUAAGGGAUACAGAGAGCAGCUGGUGCCAGCGUCCAUCACAGAGGAUGAGUUGCUACAAUCAUCAGCUUGGAGGCGGAAGUCGCUGAUGUGCCAAUCCAAGCGCUCCAAACCUGAGGAGGAAGCCGCUCUCCUUGAAACUACAGCUGAAGAAGUGGCAAAGGGUUUUUUGGAAGGGCCACAUUCGGGGCAGGAAAUCUCCGUUUUGUUGGAAACUGAGGACUGGUCCCUCAGCCCGCGUUUCGUCCUUUUCCAGGGCACUGGUGGCAAGAUCCGGGUGAUCGAUGAUGCAAAAAGGAGUGCGGUCAAUGCAGCUUACAGUUCCACGGUUAAAUUGCAACUCCAGGACGUGGACUAUGCAGCUAACAUGGUUCUGUUUUUGAUGUCAGAAGCGGCGGCAGCCGGUGUGUCGGGAGAUGAAUGGAUGGGCAAGACCUUUGACCUCAGCAAAGCUUACAAACAACUUGCCAUUCUCCCUGCUCACCAACAACAUGCGGUGGUAGGAUUUCCUGUGAGUGGCACUUGGAGAUUCCAUCAAAGUAUCUCCCUGCCCUUUGGUUGCACUGGAAGCGUGUACGGCUUCGUGAGGGUGUCUCAAGCCAUAUGGUACGUAGUGACUAAGCUGCCGUCUGCGGUAUCAAGUCACUAUUUCGAUGACUUCCCCACUUUGGAAAGAGCCCCGGGCUGCAGGGUUCUUUCUCUUGCGUUCAGCGCAGUGCUGGACGUGCUGGGGUGGGAACACGCCAAAGAAGGCGAUAAAGCGUUGAACCUUGCUGGUGCCUUCGACUUGCUGGGCGUGAACUUUAACCUUGCCUUGACCCCCAAAGGGAUUUUGCAGGUCACCAACAAAACUACGAGAAUUGAGAAACUCUGCGCUCUUUUGGAUAAAGUCAAGAGUGCAGGAGAGAUCACCAUAGCACAGGCCAGCGAGUUGCAGGGCCUCCUGAAGUUUGCCAUAGGUUUCUUUUCAGGGAAAGCCUUGAAACACUUGGUGGCAGCCUUCAUGCCAUACGCUGAAUAA